CGCACCCCCCACCCAAGCAACCCCGCUCCGCCUUCACUUCAUCAUGGGCCAAGCCUCUUCGUCCUCGUCCUCCCACGCCGGCUCCGCGCCCGUGCCCGAGCACUCCGUCCUCGACGUGGAGCUGGAGAUCGUGGCCGCCAAGGACAUCGCCGCCGGCGACUACUUCAGCGCGAAGGCCGCGCUCAAGGGCCACGUCGCCUCCAGCGACGCCUACGCGCUCAUCGAGGUGGCCGGCCAGAAGGUGGCCUGGACGCGGCCCAUCUUCGAGACGCUCGAGCCCGUGUGGAACGAGAAGUUCUUCUUCCGCAACGUGCGACCCGACACGGUGUGCAAGCUCUACCUGCUGGACAAGGACAUGAACGGAGACGACGCGCUGGGCCAGACGCAGUUCACGGCGGCCAACACGGAGGGCGUCGAGACGACGUUCGAGCUGCUCAUUACCCGCAAGGAGAAGGAGAGCGGCACCAUCGUGGUCAAGGUCAAGUCGCACGCCACCAAGGUGCACGGCGACGGCCAGCUGCAGCAGUACGGCCCCGUGCACUACUCGGGCCACCUGAGCCUCACCACGGGCAUGCUCACGCAGUCCAUGACGGACGACGACAAGCUGCAGUCGUCGGCCUACCACCUUCAGCUGCACAACAUCCAACAGAUCCUGCCCAACGACCACGAGUGGAACAAGAACUACCCGACCAUCCAGAAGAUCUUCUCGCCCGACCACCCGGAGUCGCCCGUGCUGCGCGGGGCCAUCUCCACGGAGCACGCCGUGAUCUACGGCCACGGCUCGACGACCGAGUACGGCGAGCUCAAGGAGCCGUCCGACUUCUUCAAGCUCGUGAACUACGGCAAGCGCCUGGACAAGCCCGUGCUCUUCACGUACGCCAUCACCUCCACGGGUUGGUACUUCUCCGAGACGGGCGCAGCCUUCUUCAAGGACAUGCUGUCCAAGCACAUGCUGCACUCGGGUGCCGCCUUCUCCGUCAAGUACGCGGGCGAGUUCCGCAUCGAGAAGGGCCACUUUGGCAAGUACAAGCUUGUCAUUGACAACAACAGCGGCACCUAUGCCCCGCCCAAGGAGGACCUGCCCAAGCUCAAGGAGAUCUUCGAGUACAACUUCCCGGGCAUUUCCGUUGAGGCCAAGGACCGCGACGACGAGGAGCUCAAGAAGGAGCGCCAGGAGAUCCUCGACGCCUGGGCGUAAAGCAGGAUAGCUUGGCCGCUAUCAGUGUCGUAUCACACUUGUGCUAGUAGGCUGUGGCUUUCUGCACAGCACUCCAAAUAAUAUACAACCAUGUUGAGUACCCU